AUGACGGACCAAAAUUUGAUUGAUCCAAGGCUUCGUGCUGAGAAUAGUACUUUUAUUUUUCAAAAUUCAUACUAUGGUCCCGGACCUUCAGAACAGCAGAUACUUUCUGUGCGACAAGAAGGGGAAUUUUUGCACAAAGAUGAGAAUUUUCUCGAUUGCAAUUCCCAAUAUGAGGCGAUGGCAUCACCCGAGUUCGAGACCUCAGAACCAAGUAGUCCAGGAAU